UUCAGGUGAUGUCUCUUGGUGACGUGUAUUCUAGUGGACGGGCCGCUUCUUCAACGACAACACGGCUACUGAUUCAACCACUUCGCUAGCUUGCAAGCAAACAUAAAACCUAAACAUAGAAGCGCUUUCGACCAUUUGUGUUUAUAUGAAUCUCAGUGUUUUAAACACAAUUCUGUUUACGUAUACACUACUUAACUUACAUGCAAUUUGUUUGUUUACUUAAAUAAGCACAUUUGUUAAAUUCAUACUGAGCUUAGCACUUGGCUAGUUGCUAAUGCUAACUAGCUAGCUAGCUAAUAUGAGUUCACUAAGCUACUGCCCCCUUGCUAAAGAAGAGGAUGUCUACUGGACGGAGAAAGAAGUAAUGGGGCUGAACAUUAUUGUAAAAGAAGAAGAGGAGAAUAUUACAGUGAAAGGAGAGGUAGAAGCUUUCAGAAUAAAACAGGAGGAAGAGGAGGCUGUUACAGUGAAAGAAGAGAAGGAACAUUUUGGAGUGGAAGAGGGGAUAGAGGCUGUCACAGUGGAAGAGAAGGAGGUAGAAGCUUUCAGAAUGAAAAAGGAGGAAGAGGAUGAUGUUACAGUGAAGGAAGAGAAAGAACCAUUUGUAGUGAAAGAGGAAGAGGGGAUCGAGGCUGUCACAGUGGAAGAGGAGGAGGUAGAAGCUUUCAGAAUGAAAAAGGAGGAAGAUGCCGUAACAUUGAAAGAAGAAGAGAAUUUAGUGAAAAAAGAGGAAGAACCUUUUGGAGUAAAAGAGGAAGAGGAGGGUAUCUCAAUAAAAGAGGAGGAGGAAGACGUUUUGGGAGUGACAGAGGAGGAGGAAGAUGGAGAGGAGGAAGAGACUGAAGAUCCUGUUAACACCACAGGGGAGAGACCAGACACAGACUCUCACUGUGACAGCUUGAAGAGUGCUUCAGGGGAACCAGACCCAGAGACGUCCAAACCAGAAAGACGAAGACACUGCUCUCAGUGUGGAAAGAGUUUUAGCUGGUUUGCGAACCUGAAACGACAUGAGAGGACACACACAAAUGAGAGACCCUACCAAUGCAUUCAGUGUGGAAAGAAUUUUAAUUCAUCAGAAUAUAUGAAAAAACAUGAAAAAAUACACUCUAAGCCUUACCACUGCUCCCAGUGUGAAAGAAGUUUUACCCAACGGGGGGACCUGAAGUCACAUGAGAGGACACACACAGGAGAGAAGCCUUACCACUGCUCACAGUGUAAAAGGAAUUUUUUCUCAUCGGGGUCCUUGAAAAGACAUGAGGGGACACACUCUGUGGAAAAACCUUUCCACUGUUCUCAUUGUGAAAAACGUUUUAAGAAUGUAUGGAACCUGAAAGAACAUGAGCAAAGACACACAAUGGAGAAGCCUUUCCACUGCUCCCACUGUGGAAUUAAAUUUACGUGGUUUCAACAACUUAAAGAGCACGAAAGAAUCCACAUCGUAGAGAAAAGUUAUCAGUGCCUCCGGUGUGGAAAGAUAUUUAUGCAGUUAGGGCACCUGAAAGUCCAUGAGGUAACACACACAGGGGAGAAGCCUUACCAAUGCUCCCAGUGUGGAAAGAGAUAUAGUACCUCACAUGGACUUAAAAUUCAUCAGAAAACACACAUUGUGCUCCCACAAUUGUCUCAUAUUUUUGACUGAGAAUGUGUUUUUGUUUAUGCUACAUGAAAUCAAAUUAUAGUAAGGAGACUCAAAACUACAUUUGUAUGAUUUAUUUUUAUUUUAAAAAUAUAUAUUGAAUAUGGAGUGAGUAAGUGUAUGGCUUUCCCAGAUUUCUAUGACGUAUAGUUAAUUACAAUAUGAGUGAAAUCGUUUUCCAAGAAAAUGUUAAUUAAGUAUGUUAAAAAGGGGUAGCUUUUCUGUGUUGGAAUGGUGUGCGUAUCCCAACUACAGAAUGUUGUGGGUCAUUAAAGGGAUAUGAUUUUGACAAUGAGGCCCUUUAUACACCUUACCAGAGUCAGAAGAACUAGUGGAUUCCCAUUUUUAUCUGUCUGUGUCCAGUAUGGGGGAAGUUUGAGGUAGUUUUGUGAGUCAGUGCUAACUUGACGAAAUAGCUGAAUCCACUCAUUUUAAGGGGUAAUCUUGCAUACACUAUAUAUACAAAAUGAUUUUGCAUAUCUUAAUUCAUAUUCCCACUAUUGAUGAAUAAUAUGUGUAAUUAUGUAGGCACUUCAACAGUUGUUCCAUCCCCGAGCCCAACGUGCCUAAAUAACUAAAUAAAUAAGAGAACUUGAUGAGUGAAU